UCAGCAAGCAAUGAUAUAAUCGUUCCAACCACUUUUGACAUGACAUGAAUAUUUUGGAAAUCCAAAAACAGUGUCCGAAGCAGUAUCAAAUCCAAAUUGUGCUAAGUGAAUUAAACGGUAGUUUCAAAAUUGAACCCACCAUUAAAUAUGCAAGCAGUUCAUCGUUUUUGGAAAUGUGUUCCGUAGUGACCGGUUUCGGGAGCUUGGCAGUGCUUUUCUUGCUGUUCCUUCGAGUCUACACUGAUUUAAACGUGGAAGCAUUUAUUAGAAGACUUCUGAAGAUUAUCGUGAAAUGGUUUCUUUUUGAGAAAGACAACACGAAAUAUGUUAUCACGCUAGAAAGAGAACUUUUGCAUCAAUGGGAGUAUUUAUUUCUUAAAGCCAAACUAUACGACUCUAUUGUGAUUAGGCAUUCAAUCAAAUCCAGUGCAGGAUCUAACCGGAUAAACUCUCGUAUUCGUAAUAUAAACUCCCAAUUGACUCGAAAGAAAAUCAAAAAGAUGAUCCAAGUCCUAUCCAAAUAUGAACUCACUGAAACUCUGAGCGAUGCCGCAACUCGUUUGGGGAAAAACUUGAGCAACGAUCAGUUCAGUUCAUCGACCAUAGGCAGUGUUUCCUCGGAACUGGUAUUCACAAUGGGCUAUGAAAGCCCGAAGAAAUCUUUUAACAAUUGUCUGCAACUUGAAACACCUACGUGGGAAAUAAACGAAUCUUCUUGUUGAUUUCAGGCUGCGAAUA